AUGCUUGUCUAUCGAAAAGAAAUCGAUGGACUACGAGCAAUCGCUGUUUUACCAGUCAUUCUCUACCAUGCUGGAUAUGUCAAUAUCGUUCCAGGAGGUUAUGUCGGCGUUGAUAUAUUUUUUGUUAUUAGUGGUUAUUUGAUCACAUCGCUUAUCGAUAUGGAAAUUCGUCAAGGAACCUUUUCACUCAUUCGUUUCUAUGAAAGACGUUGCCGUCGAAUCCUUCCAGCGUUGUAUGUUAUCUCACUCGUUACUUGUUACUUUGCCUAUCAACGGAUGUCGCCAGGUCAAUUGGAAGAUUUCGGUUAUUCUCUCAUUUCUAUCAUAACCUUUUCUUCGAAUGUGUUUUUCUGGUGGAAGGAUGAUCGAUACUUCUCACAAUUGAAUGAAUUGAAUCCGGUGGUUCAUACAUGGAGUUUAGCUGUGGAAGAACAAUUCUAUCUCGUUUUCCCCUUGUUAUGCUUGCUGUUUGCUAGAUGGCGACGAAAUUUACUGAUUUUCUUGGGAUUUGUUGGAUUAUUCAGCUUCUUUCUUGCACAAUGGGGAGGUAACAUUCAGAUGAUCUCGAAAAGGACGUUUUACAUGUUUUUCCAACAUUCGUGGGCAUCGUUUUAUAUGCCAAUCGGACGUAUAUGGGAAUUAUUACUUGGCUCUUUCGUGGCCUUCUAUUCAAGAGCAAAUGAUUCAAUCGUGUCGGGCAAAUCAAUCGGUAUGCGAGCACAAGUUGCUUCUGUGAUUGGACUAUCUUUGAUUCUUAUAUCGAUUAUGACACUAGACAGUCGUUCGAUCCCUCCAUUCCCAAAUUGCUACACGAUGGUACCUACUUUUGGAGCAUCUCUGAUUAUUAUCUAUGGAAAACAUGAUACUUUAAUUGGACGUUUACUAUCCUUAGAACCAGUUCGUUGGAUAGGUUUAAUAUCGUACAGUGCCUACCUUUGGCACCAACCCUUGUUAGUUUGUCUACGUCUCGGCCCAAUUUCCCUGAUGACUAUCUCGCAUAUGAAAUCGGUGAUCGUUAUCAUACUUCUACUUUCUGCAAUUACGUAUUAUUCCAUCGAGCAGCCUUUCCGCAAUCGGACUUUAUUUUCUCGGAGAGUUAUAUUUGGCUGCUCAGCUGCGGGAGCAGUUGUUUUAUAUUUCGUCGCAGUAUUUCUCAUUCAUACCGCCAAUUAUCGGACCGCAUUCAUCGAAAAAGUAACAGAUAAUCGAUCAGUGAUUAUCGACAGCAUCAUGCGCAACGGAUCUUUGACUCUAAAAGAAGUCGACACAUAUCUGGCCGAUAUCGAACCCAUGGAACUGUCGAACUAUGUGACGCGUCGUUUCGACACUCAUCUCAAAGCUUAUCCAACGUUUUCUAAACAAUCAGCGAACACAAAACGAAGACUUCUACUUAUUGGUGAUAGUUUCGCGCAAGACUUUAUGAACAUGAUUGCCGAAACAAACAGCCUACAAAAGUACGAAAUACGCUGUUAUUACAUUCGAUUUCAGUGCCAGAUCUACAUGGGUGACGAAGAUCGACUGCAAUGGAUUGCGUCAUUUCACCGAUCACUUUGCAUCAACGAUCACAAAAUCCAAUCGGCUAUUCCAAUGAUACGUGAAGCGGAUGUUAUCAUUCUCGCUGGUUUUUGGCUUCGAUGGAGUGCUAUACGAUUGCCGAGAACCAUCGAAUUGUUAAAUCUAACGAAGAGUCAGAAACUUCUUGUUCUAGGGUUGAAAAACUUUGGCGUCAUCGAUUUGAAAAAAUACAUGAACAUGUCGUACGAAUUUCGCAUUCAGCAAUUUCAACAACCCGAAGAAAAUGCCACGGAAGUGAAUACAAUCAUGAAACAAAGCUUUAGUCCAUCAGUGUAUAUCGAUACCAUGGGCAUGGUCUGUGUUUUCAAGAAUAACACCUGCCCUAUCUUCACUCCACAUGGCAAACUCAUCACCUAUGAUGGCUGGCAUACGAUGAAACACGGUGCGCGUUAUGUUGGUGAUAUUAUAUUUAGUCACUAUCCACUAAAUCAGCUCUAA